AUGGCAUUAGGAGAAACCAUUACACAGAACGUUUUUGGCGGUCUUUCCAACGACUUUAAAAAGAAAAACUUUUCCCUAUACGGACAAUGGAUUAGUAUAUUCACGAUAUUUCUAUGCAUUGCCCUUGGUAUAGCCAACAUCUUUCAUUUCAAUCUUGUGAUUAUUUUUUCAGUAAUUUGUAUUGUUCAAGGAUUGAUUGUUAUAUUUGUCGAGGUUCCCUUUUUGUUGAGAAUCUGUCCAUUAACCGACACUUUUACGAAUUUCAUCCGUAAGUUCGACGGUAAUUUGCCACGCUGUGGGUUCUACUUGUUAAACGCGGUGAUCCAAUGGUUGAGUUGUACAUUGCAGGCAACAAGUUUGAUUGUUGUUGCCAUUUUCUUUACUCUUGCGAGUGCAUGUUACGCUUUGGCAUAUGCAAAGAACCAAGAGUAUUUAAAGAGUUCCAUAGAUGUGACUGGUACGGGACAAGGCGGUGCUUUAGAAGCUCAAGUUGGUGAACACGUGGUAAGAAAUGUGUUAUAA